AUGCCACGCAACGGAGACAGGCCUCAUGCCGAACGGGUUAUUGAUUCGACGCUCCUGCUCGAUUUAGACAUCUUCAGGGUCUCGGCAGAUAAUGCAACCCGCGACGAGAAAAUCGCCUUGGCAUACCAUCGAGCCCGGGCGAUAGCAGGAGCCUACGCAUUUACAACGGGAGACAUACAGCACCUAACCGACAAGUUCUGGCAGUUCCACCAGGACAUGAUUCAUACGCUAGACUCGGCCGCUUUCAGUCUAUUGGCGAUACAGUACAAUCUCUGUGUGGGGACCCUGGCUCCCUUCCUUGAGCAUAGAGCGGACCUCAAAGCUAUUGUUGAGCCGUUACUCUCUUUCGAGAUCUCAGGGCAAUUUCUUCUUCCAGAGGUUGGACAUGGCUUGGAUGCACAUGCUGUUGAAACGGUGGCUACUUUGCUUCCAGAUGGCACCUUCGACCUGCAUACUCCGAAUCUGGACGCAGCCAAGUUUAUGCCAGCAACAACCCCUAUAGAAGGCUUUCCCCGAAUCGGGAUUGUCAUCGCCAGAGUAACAGUCGAGGGUGAAGAUCGUGGUGUCAAACCGUUUCUGGUCUGGCUCAACGAUGGUCAUGAAAUGUCUACAGGCAUAUACGCGAAGCGCGCAGGAUCCAAAACCCUCGACCAUUGUAUCACAUCCUUCGAACACGUCCGGCUCCCACACACAGCCCUUCUCGGAACUCUCGAUGCACCAACAGACCGACGAAAGAGCUUCCAAUCCACCAUCCACCGCGUCUACAUUGCCACAUUGUCUCUGUCUACUGUUCUUAUCUCAGCAUUGAAAAGCUCUGUUUUCGUAGCGGGAAAAUACAGUUUCCGUCGACAUAUAUGGGGUCCCACUAACGAGCCCCGACCGAUUAUAUUUUUCCGGCCACAACAUCGUCCGAUUCUUCAUACAUUAGCUCAGAUCGCUGUCUUCGAUCCCUUCGCGGAGGAAAGCAUCCAGAAUUACAUGGACACGAAAAUCCCCUAUGUCGUCCGGCAAGGUGUUGCAACCGCGUUCAAAGCCGUCGUCCAUCGCGCCACACAGGAAAGCCUUUGCUAUCUAGGCGAGCGCUGCGGUGCGCACGGCCUGUUCGCGUAUAACAACAUCAUCGAUAACCAGAUUGAAGCUCAUGGGAACUCUAUCGCCGAGGGAGAUUCCCUGGCUCUUAGCAUAAGGCUUGCCUCCGAGUUAAUCCUAGGAGGAUACCGCAUGCCCCCACCCCGCUAUCCAGCCUGCCUACUGGCCAUAUUCGAAGCUGGUCUAUUCCGCCAUGCCCGAGAUAUCAUAGACUCGCUCGAAAGGGCUCAGCGAACGGGGGAAUUCAAUAGGCGUAUACUCCCCCGCUGCCAGACGCUGGUUGAGGCUGUUGGUCAUCGGAUGGCAUACGAGGCGGGCUUGGAUUCUGGUGUGGUGCCGGAAUUACUUGAUCUCUAUGAGGCUGGUGUCGUGGUUCAGCAUUCUGGAUGGUUCGUGGAGAACCUGGGAUUAGAUACUGAGACGCAGUUCAAUAUGGAGAUGCAAGCGAUGAAUGGAGUGCUGCCUCGGCUGGAGCAGUUGUUGGACGCAACCGGUGCGGAGCCUUAUUGUACAGCGCCCAUUGUGUCUAACGAGGCCUGGGCGGAGUUUGUCAACAGCCUUGAAGUGCACAAGGGCAAUGCUCGGAUGGAUAUCUGUGAGUAUGAUCCGGAACUUGAGGAUACUGUUAGUAUAUUUGGAUUCCUGAGAGGCAGUGGCUAG